GGGGGCUGGCGCGGCGGCGGGGGCUAGCUCGCGGCAGGCCAGCAGCGAGACACUGGACAGGUGAGCGCGCGGGCUUCGCGCUACGCCUCCGAGCCACGGCCCUGCGGCCUACGCUGCCCUGCUCUGCCCUGCGCGCGGGGCCGCGGCUUCCGGGCCCCUUCUCCUGCCGGCCGGCCGGGACCGCGGGCGGGCGCCUGGGACCGGGGCUCAGCUGGCGCUUCCAAUCUGCGCCUUUAUGUUUGUCUAGCCGCGCUAACAAACGGCGGAUUUAACUCCGUCAGCGCACUGGCCCUUGUCAAAGUUUCCUGCCUGCGGUUGUGUGCUUCUCGCGAUUAGCGUCAUCGCCCUACAGGAUCACAUGUUGAAUGGUGCAAACAGCUGAUAGCUGCAACCAUUUCCAGUCAGAUCUCUGGGUCUGUCCCUUCGGAAGGUGUGUCCAGAGACUAUCGGGUGUACAGGAGGCCUGAUAUUCGGGCACUGCGGGAUGGAAACAAACUAGCACAGAUGGAAGAGGCUCCGCUUUUUCCUGGUGAAUCAAUCAAAGUUAUUGCUAAAGACGUUAUGUACAUCUGUCCAUUUAUGGGAGCAGUCAGUGGUACACUGACAGUGACGGAUUUCAGAAUGUAUAUCAAAAGUGUUGAAAGGGAUCCACCUUUUGUUGUUGAUGUUCCUCUUGGAGUGAUAAGUAGAGUUGAAAAAAUUGGAGUACAAAGCCAUGGAGACAACUCAUGUGGUAUAGAAAUAGUUUGUAAGGAUAUGCGAAAUUUGCGGCUUGCCUAUAAACAGGAAGAGCAGAACAGAUUGGAGAUUUUUGAAAACCUUGUAACACGUGCGUUCCCCGUUUCUAAUGGACUGCCUCUUUUUGCAUUCAGCUAUAAAGAAAAGUUUGCUGUGAAUGGUUGGAAAGUAUAUGAUCCAAUGUCAGAAUAUAAGAGGCAGGGCUUGCCCAAUGAGAGUUGGAAAAUAUCAAAAAUUAACAGCACCUAUGAACUUUGUGAUACAUAUCCUGCCAUUCUAGUUGUGCCAACCAGUGUAAAGGAUGAUGAUCUCUCAAAAGUGGCAGCGUUUAGAGCAAAAGGCAGAGUUCCAGUGUUAUCCUGGAUUCAUCCGGAGAGCCAAGCAACAAUAACACGAUGCAGCCAGCCAUUGGUAGGCCCGAAUGAUAAGCAUUGUAAAGAGGAUGAAAAAUACUUGCAGACAAUUAUGGAUGCCAAUGCUCAGUCACAUAAACUUAUCAUCUUUGAUGCCAGACAAAAUAGUGUUGCAGAUACGAACAAGGCAAAAGGUGGAGGAUAUGAGACUGAAAGUGCCUACCCAAACGCAGAGUUGGUCUUUCUGGAAAUUCAUAAUAUUCAUGUAAUGAGAGAAUCCCUGCGUAAGCUUAAAGAAAUAGUUUACCCUACUAUUGAUGAGACUCGGUGGUUAUCAAACGUGGACUCCACACAUUGGCUGGAAUAUAUAAGGAUGCUUCUUGCCGGAGCAGUAAGAAUUGCAGAUAAAAUUGAAUCUGGUAAAACUUCUGUGGUGGUACAUUGCAGCGAUGGCUGGGAUCGAACAGCACAGCUUACUGCACUAGCUAUGCUUAUGCUGGACAGCUAUUACAGAACUAUCAAGGGCUUUGAAAUUCUUAUCGAAAAGGAAUGGAUAAGUUUUGGACACCGAUUUGCAAUGCGAGUAGGACAUGGAGGUGAUGAUCAUGCUGAUGCAGACAGAUCUCCCAUUUUCCUUCAGUUCAUUGACUGUGUUUGGCAAAUGACAAAGCAGUUUCCUGCAGCCUUUGAAUUCAAUGAGUUAUUUUUGAUCACCAUUCUGGAUCACCUUUAUAGCUGUCUAUUUGGGACUUUCUUAUGCAACUGUGAGAAGGAAAGGUUAAAAGAGGAGUUAAGCACUAAGACUGUAUCGCUGUGGUCCUACAUAAACAGUCAGUUAGAUGAAUUCACAAAUCCUUUCUACGUAAACUAUGAGAACCACGUCCUGUAUCCUGUUGCCAGUCUGAACCAUUUGGAACUGUGGGUCAACUACUAUGUCAGAUGGAACCCGAGAAUGCGGCCUCAGGUUCCAAUCCAUCAGAACCUUAAAGAGCUGCUCACCAUCCGGACUGAGCUUCAGAAGAAAGUUGAAGAUUUGCAACGGGAAGCAACUACACGGUCCCUUUCCUCCUCCUCUGACAGAGGUUCAUCUCCAUCCCAUUCAGCCACACCAGUGCACACUUCUGUGUGAUGUGUAACUAAAGCUGUGUGAAACAGUUCAGGUCAGGUAAUACAAAGAGAGGGGCAAAAUGUUUUCCUGUCACGCAGGGAUUUUGAGUGGCUUGUAAUUGCUAUGAUUUACAUGCCUUACUGUGUCUGAUAUUACCACAAUGAGGCCAAAAAGAGCUUCAGUAGAUGUGAUAUCUUGUCUUGUUGGCAGUCCCCACGUGUCUUGACAUCUCUACUUAAAUCAUCAGUUGUGAAAUUAAACUUUGUUUUGAGCAACUAACAAUUUAACCAUCCUCAAAAGGGAAUCCAUCUGCCAAGUAGACAGAAAGACGCCUCCCACGCUGCCUAGGGUACCAUGCCUGCUUGUGAGAAUCAGAUGAAAUGGACACAAUGCUUACACAGAACACUGAGAAUGUUUUUCUGAAUGGGAGCUCUGUAUUUCACACGGUAAUACAAUAUAUAUAUUUUUUUGGUAGAGCAGUAGUGUUUUUUAAGGAAAUUGAUGCACUUGGAAAUUGAUUUUAAAGUAAUGUUUUCCAGUGUAGUCAGUUUUGCAUUUCAACUAAAUAUGCUAUUAAAAGUGAAUGAAGAUAAACUGGGUUUGUCAGAUGCACCGUGCUGACUUGUAUGAUGUAAUAUAUUUGGUGAAGCAUGUAUUUUAGUUUUUUUUAAUGCCUUUUGUACAAGUUGCAAUAAAGUGUUUUGACGGUUUCGUUUAUUGUUCAGCUUCAGCCUCCUGAACGAAGGGUGGACUUAAAUCACGUCAAGGUCUUGUUCAAAGUACAGGUUUGUUUUCUAGCAAAUGGUAGCACUGGGGUUUGAAAUGACACUCAGCUGUGUAAAUUGUGUAGUCUGUAUAGCUCCACAUGUUGUUAACCGUGUUUUAUUUUAAACUGUACACACAAAAUGCAGAGCCAUGUCCGUUCAUAUACAUGUGUAUGCAAUGUUCAACAUACGCCGAUGUUCUUAUGCUCUGAGUUCAGAAAACGGAUCCUGCCUACCCAAACUCAUUCAAAGACCUUAACUCGUAAUGACUUCGUUUGACCAAGUUUUUUAAGUAAUAUGAGCUUAAUUGUUUUGCUUGAAAUAAAGCCAGUUGGCUUUCUGUUUUUUAAA